AUGAAAUUGCAUAGUUCGCUUGUCUCGAGGAGUUUACUACGAUGUCUGGCCGCCAUCUUGGAUCGAAAAGGAUUUAAAACCCGAAAAAGGAAAGGAAAUAAAUAGUUUAUGUUUGUUUUUUUACGCGUAUUUAUUUUAUGUAAAGGACAUGAUAAUUAAAAGAUAAAGACCGUUACACCGUUUUUAUGAAGUAUCCCCAGGUAUAAUCCUUGUGGAAUAUAUCUUGCAUAUAUUUUGGAGGAGGAAACGGGGUCAGAGAAAUUUCCUUCAUUAGUGCCGAGGUGUUGUGUUUAUGUUCACUUCGCACAUGGCCUCUUCUAAUCCAGGUUCGGACGUGUCCGACAUGCCUUCUUUGGCGAUGGCGAGUGCCACGGUGAACCAGGCCGGAGGGGGGGCCGUAGUUCCGAAGGGUGCAAACAAGAGGCGAGCCAGCCCAGAUACCGAUGAUGAUGAAGGAAGCAAAGUCUUCAGGUGCGAUGACGACGCAGGAGGGACUAGUGACAAAGAGCGGUUUGCCAGAGAGAACCACAGCGAGAUUGAACGCCGCCGGCGGAACAAGAUGACGGCCUACAUCACGGAGCUGUCGGACAUGGUGCCCACCUGCAGUGCCCUGGCCCGCAAGCCUGACAAGCUGACCAUCCUCCGCAUGGCCGUAUCGCACAUGAAGACGCUACGCGGGAGCGGCAGCACAGCCCCCGACGGCAGCUACAAGCCCUCCUUCCUCACCGACCAGGAGCUGAAACACCUCAUCUUGGAGGCAGCCGAUGGCUUCCUGUUCGUCGUGUCGUGCGAGACGGGCCGGGUGGUGUAUGUGUCCGACUCGGUGACCCCGGUGCUGAACCAGCCGCAGUCCGAUUGGCUGGGCAGCUCUCUGUAUGACCAGCUUCACCCCGACGACACUGACAAGCUGCGCGAGCAACUCUCCACCACCGAGAGCAGCACCAGCGGGCGAAUGCUGGACCUGAAGACCGGGACUGUGAAGAAGGAGGGGCAACAGUCCUCAGUCAGGAUGUGCAUGGGGUCCCGCAGGUCCUUCAUUUGUAGGAUGAGAUGUGGCACGACUCCAGUGGAACCCAUUUCCAUGAACAGACUUAAUCUCCUGAGGAAUAGGAACCGGAAUGGCCUGGGCCCAACAAAGGAGGGCGAGCCGCAGUUCGUGGUGGUGCACUGCACAGGGUACAUCAAGUCAUGGCCUCCUGCAGGGGUGUCACUCUCUGACGAGGAGACCGACAGCAACCAGGGAAGCCGCUUCUGCCUGGUGGCCAUUGGACGGCUGCAGGUGACCUGCUCUCCCGGGAACAAGGACAUCGACAGCCUCAGCACUCCUGUGGAGUUCAUCUCCCGGCACAACUGCCAGGGCCUGUUCACCUUCGUGGAUCACCGAUGUGUGGCCACAGUGGGGUUCCAGCCUCAGGAGAUGCUUGGGAAGGACAUCUUGGAGUUUGCUCACCCCGAGGAUCAGGGCCUGCUGAGGGAUAGCUUCCAGCAGGUGGUCAAGCUGAAGGGGCAGGUCCUGUCUGUCAUGUUCCGCUUCCGCGCCAAGUCCCGCGAGUGGAUCUGGAUGCGCACCAGCUCCUUUACCUUCCAGAACCCCUUCUCUGAGGAGAUCGAGUACAUCAUCUGCACCAACGCCAACGUCAAUAGAGCUCCGAGUCAGGACUCGCUCUCUCCCCUCUCCUCCCCGGGCAUGGCACUGCCACCCUCACAGGGGCAGAACAGCCCUAACUGCCCCCCAGCUUUGAGCCCAGGGCAGGUGACCACCAGGCAGCUCCAGCAGCAGCAGCAGGCCGAGCUGGAGGGCACCAGCCGGGAGUUGGGCUUCUACGAGUCCAGCCAGGUGCCGGUCCAGCCUGUGGCAGCUGGGGGGUCCGACCGCAGCAAGCCUCUGGACAAGGCGGAGCUGUACACGCCAGACAGAGAGGCCCAUUAUCCUGACCUGUUCACAGAUCAGCCCAAGGUCCUCACAUCCAGCCCAUCAACACAGAUCUACCCCCAGGGCAGUUCAUACAGCACAGCCCGCUCCACUGACUCCUUCAGGCCGGUGGGAAUGGCUGAACAUUUGGUCCCACCGUCACCCUCCGCCGGGCAAAUGCUGGCUCAAAUCUCUCGGCAAAAUGCCCCCAAUCCCACUUGCCCCUCUGUAGUUCCCCCCAAUAAUAACAGCCCCAUUCAGGCUCAGGCUGGGGCAGCGGCAGCAGGCCAGACCUGGGCAGGAAGCAGGUCCUCGUUUAAUCCGCAGGUGGCACAGUCCAAGAUCCAGUCACCCCAGUUUGCACUAGGGGGGUUUGCCACAGCUGCAUCGUCCACUUUUAAUGCAGUGCCCAGUACUGCGGCCUCAACCCCAUCCAGCAACACCAGCUACCCCUCCCUCAGCUCCUGCAGCAGCACCCCAGGCAACAGCUUCGCAGACGGAAGUCAGUCGACGAUGCAGUUCCCCUCCAGAGCAGCGGAGGCAGUGUGGCCACAAUGGCAGAGCCAGUCGCAUGCACAAGGCACAUCAGAGACACACCCCCAGGCUGGGCAGCCUGAGAUUUUCCCUGAUGUGCUAUCCAUGCUCGAUCAGCCACCAGCCUUCAACAACGAGGACUUCAGCGAGCUGCCCAUCUUCCCGCCUUUUCAUGACUGCACAUAGUGCAAAUGUAUCAUUGUGCUUUUAAGUCGUCGCCAUCUAUCCCCGCCCCAAGUCUGUAUUGUGUCUUUUUGUUGACCUCAGUGUUUCACCAUUUAUCAUGGAGCAGGUAGCAGAGAAUGUGUCAAUGGCAACAACGGAUUUUACAGAGUUAGAGAGAUGGAGGAAUUUGGGGGUGGGUGGAGUCGAAUGGUGGACAAAAUGAGCAGGGUUAACGAGAGGAGAGGGAAUUUAUUGCAGUAUCUACGCACACAGCUGAAAACGCCCAACACUGAGCGGCCAGUCGGGUUGUUCUGACGCCAUGCGGACUUAGCCUUUAUGUAAAGACUGGGCUUCUCACGGAGACGGCAGCAGAUGGUGUCACCAUGGCACUACUCACUCGCAACACCCUGCACAACAUACGUGGAGAAAUACUGUGUUAUGCCAGCGUGAGAACAUUUAUCAGUUUCAUAUAUCGUUUGCUUAUUGGGUCUAUGUGUUCAUAGAUGCAACCCAAGGGUCACAGGGAAAGCAUGUUGAGCUUGAGAAGAGAUUUGAUGCCAUUUUCGGUUGUCAGGCUAAGAAUCUAACCAGAUGAAUGUGAAAAACCAGUGGUUUCUAGUUCAGUUCUCCUCACACUACAGAUGAUGCUUGUAGGUGAUGACAUCACUGCCAACUAGCCUCCCAUAGGAAUGUGAACUGCAGGGCUGAGCUCAGUGCUUGAUGUCUUACAGACCGCAACGGCAUCAUGUCUGCAUCACAGGGCUUUACAGAACCCACACCUAUUGAGGCAUGGACCCCAGUUGCCCGCGAGCCGUACUGGGGCACUGCAAAGCCCCCGAUCCUUCCUUCGACCCAUUUUUUUUUGCAUGUUAGCACAGAAAUGCGCUGUAUUGUUCCAAAGAGCAUUUGAAUUGUGGAUCCACUGAAUCUUGUCAAUGUCUUUUUAUGGUUGUUUCAGUCAGCAGUAUUUUCAGUGAUGAAAUGUAGCCUGGGUGUCUGGGUGUGAAAUUUAACUACCCGUUCGCUUGGCUAAUACAUGAAAUGUCUAGAUGUGCAACUCUUAAGACAUGUGUGUCCCUGCACACUUAUGCAUCUGUUUUAAUGCUUCUUGUCAAACUUUCUCCAUGGUACCAGUGCAGUUUCCUCACUCCUGUGUAUGGCCUUUUUUAAUCUUUUAAAAGCAUUUAAAAUCUGUUUUUGUGAUAAUUUUAGGGGGAUAAAAGAUCAAGCAAUAAUUAUCAGCAGGAAUAUCUUAAAGCCAUUCAUGUUGUUACAAUGUAUAUUUUAUUAUGAUUAUUUUGAUACUAAAAGACAAGAAUUUUACGAUAUACGCUGAUGACUGUUUCUGGUUCCGGUCUGUAAUCGAGUCCCGCGCACCCUCCCGCCAUUCACCUACAGUGGACCUGCAGAGACUAUCUGCGGCGGGGAGCCGGCACAGCCCAGUUUCCCCGCCACCAGCACCAGACUGGACCAGAACAGCAGCAGUGACUCUUGCUCUAGUUCUGGGGUGUGAAUUUUGUGCUUCUUGGGAGUGGCUCUCAAAAGUCCUGGAAAUUAUUGUAAAUGAUAUAUAUUUUCUUCUAUCUGAAAUUGUAUGUGUAUAUACAAAUGUGAGAUCUGAUGACUGUUUCUGGUUCCGGUCUGUAAUCGAGUCCCGCGCACCCUCCCGCCAUUCACCUACAGUGGACCUGCAGAGACUAUCUGCGGCGGGGAGCCGGCACAGCCCAGUUUCCCCGCCACCAGCACCAGACUGGACCAGAACAGCAGCAGUGACUCUUGCUCUAGUUCUGGGGUGUGAAUUUUGUGCUUCUUGGGAGUGGCUCUCAAAAGUCCUGGAAAUUAUUGUAAAUGAUAUAUAUUUUCUUCUAUCUGAAAUUGUAUGUGUAUAUACAAAUGUGAGAUCUCAUAUUUACACGUGUGUGUGUGUGUGUGUGUAUAAUACAGUCUAAGUUGACGUGUGGUUUUCUUUAGUUUCUGGAAGAGGGCGGUGUUUCAGCGACUUCUCAUGUUUUAAACCACUUGUCUGAUGUCCACAUUUUAACUGAUGUGAAUUGCAGUUUAUAUAAUGCAUAGAUACUCAAUUAUGAAUAUAUGUACACAUUAAUUGUGGGGGGGAAAAAAACAUUUUUUAUUAAAUUGUCAAGAAACA